AUGUGGGAUGUCUCGAUGAUGCCGUCGCAAAAGGAUAAGCUCGCGAUUGUAACGGGUGCCAACUCGGGUAUUGGUUUUGAAGCAGCUAAAUCAUUGGCAAUACAUGGCGCACAUGUGAUUCUUGCGUGUCGUAACGAAGAGCGUGGACGACAAGCGGAGGAACGGAUUCGUCACGAUCUGAUCAAGAGGUCAGAUGAAGUUGUUGGCUCGGUUGAGUUUAUGAAAGUGGACGUUGGAGAUCCAUCUAGUGUUCGUGACUUUGUUCGUGCAUUCCACGACAAAUUUGAUCACUUGGAUCUACUUAUCAAUAACGCAGGCGUGUGCGGGCCGGCUCAACGCCAUACAUCGAACGGCGUGGAGACUCAUUUUGCCAUCAAUCACUUAGGUCAUUUUUACCUCACAAGCUUACUACUGGAUAUGCUACGCCGUUCAAAACACCAAGCUCGUGUAGUUAACGUUAGCAGUGUUACACACUACGUUGCCUGGAUGUUUUUGAAUUUUUCGACACUGGGAUACACUAGCGGAAGAAGUGUUGACUAUACGACGUCAAAACUGUCAAAUUUGCUUUUCACCUUUGAAUUACAGCGUCGUUUAGAGGCUGCACAGGUGGAAAAUGUCGUGGCAGUUGCAGCACAUCCAGGUGUGACGCGUAGUGACAUUUGGAAUCGUUACUAUGUUACCAACUUCCCAAGAUGGUUGGCUGCCAUUGCCAUGUGGUUUGUAUCGAUGCUGCCCUUCAUGACGUGUCAAAUGGGUGUGCUCUCUAUUUUGUAUGCUGCGACGAUGGAGAGCGUUAAAGGAGGUGAAUACUAUGGCCCUAAUGGAUUCUUGCGUUUUCGAGGUUAUCCCGCUCUCGAAACUGGUGCCAAGUCGAGCCAUUCACUGGAGAAUGCGAACAAGCUGUGGAAGCUCAGUGAAGACAUACUGAACGUCAAAUUUAGGUUGUAA